UAUUAUCAAAUGUCAAAGUCAAAAAUUAUAAAAACAACCCCAGAAAAGACCAAAGACUGAUCUCCUCAAAAAGGCUGGUCUUUUAAAAAGAUUUAUUUUCCAAAUUUGGAAUUUUUGUGUGUUAAUAUUUAUCAGAUAUGGAAGAAAUAUGCUUGAUAAUAGAAGGUCAAAAAUUAAUAGCUAAAAAAGAUGUCCUCUGUGAACACAGUGACUAUUUUCGCGCCAUGUUCAGCGGCAGUUAUAUUGAAAACCAUCAAAAGGAAAUUAAAAUUGAUGUUUUGGAUGCGAACUCGAUGAAGAUAAUAUUACAGUACAUGGAAAUCGGAUUAAUAGAUCUUUUCGAACAUUCCCUCGCAACAAUCGCAGACUUGGCAAUAGCUGCAAAUUUUUUACAAAUUUCAGAGCUUAUUAAACAAAUAGAAUACACCUUAGAUCUCCAGCUAAAAGUAUCCAAUUGGAUAGAAAUUCAAACCAUUGCCGAAAGUUCUUCAUUUGCAAGAUUAGAACAGCUGGCAGCAUGUUUUGGUUUAUUUUCAUUUAAAAAUAUGAAACCAGAGUAUAUACCAUCAAUGCAGAAAUUAUACUGGUACCUGUCUCAUCCCUAUUUAGAUGUUGGAAGUGAGUUAGAUGUGUUCAAAUUUGGUUUUCAGUGGAUAUCACAAGCAACAGAAGGACUAGACGCUAUGCUACUACUAGUUAUAUGCUGUUUAGAUUUAAAGAGGAUAACUACAAAUGACUUGAAAGAAAUUCGGGCACUUAUCAUGGAGUAUGAAAACAGUCUUGCUGCUAAAAUGGUUGAUUGUCUCUUGGAAAUUGCAAGUGGAGGGCAUGAAUUGUCAGCGUCAUCUAUAUCUAGUCAGAAAACUGUUCUGGUUGAAAUGUUUACAGAGAAAGUAUAUAAUGAGGUCAUAAAUUUAGUGAAUGAGAGUAAAUCUAGAAAAUUUAAACUUACUCCAAUUGUUCCUGUUUGGAUUGUUAAAGAUUCUAAGCCGGAGUUAGUGCCACAUGUAAUGUACACAUAUUCCGAAGAGACAGGAUUUGAAAGAUGGUUGGAAGUGGCUGAAAAGAAUUUAUGGGGUUGGAAUGUAAUUGCUUGGGGUAUGACGAAGUUGGUUAUAGUUUGUGGAGAGUAUGGAAGAGGCACAGAGAUGUUUUAUAAGGACGUAAAAGUUUACGAUACAUUGAGAAAUGAAUGGACACGUCAUGGAGUCCAGUUGCCUUCAAGAAGACAUGGAGGGGUAGCAGUCGUGGGAGACUCCCUGUUUAUUGUUGGAGGAGUGGGUGCCUUUAGGGUAGUGCUGGACACCGCAAUUGUUUAUGAUCUUGACGCAAAAACGUAUAGGAGCAUAGCCAGAUUUCAUGACACCAUCCAAAACCCCGCAGUUUGCAACCAUGAGAACAUGAUAUAUGCUGCAGGCCAUAAAAACAUAUACCGAUACGAGGAGAGUGAAGAAACUGACAGCUGGGUCAAUAUUGUAGCAACAGAAAUAAGAAUGAGCUGUAUGGUUUCAUUCAAGAAUUACAUAUAUUGUACGCAGAACUAUUUCAGCCACCUGUACAGAUUUAUACCAGGAGUUGAUAGCAGAUUGGAAUUAAUCACUUAUUUUACUAAUCCUCCAGCUACUAUUUGUAAUUUAGGAAGUUAUCUAUUAGUAUUUACCAGAACAAUGUGCGGCCAGUCAGACAUGCUAGCCAUUGAGCAGUAUACAGGUAACUUAGAAGAGAAACCAAAAGUACUAUGGUCCCAAUCAGACUCUAUGAUGAAGGUGAAUGAUGUGGCAGGCUCUUGUUCCCUAAUAUUGAAAAUUCCUCCUCUGAGCCAGGAAGUACCACAGUAUCACAAGAGGUACCUGGUAAGGUUUUAUCAGUAGAGAAAAAAAGAGAAGAAUAUACUGUGGUGGAUGUGUAGUUUGUCUAAUCAAUCAUGUAUUUGUGUUUUGUCUGUACACACGGCUCAAGAGAUAACUGGCCCACCUCUCAUACACCAAUUAAGGCGAAGUGGCACAGUUAACUCCUGAGCCCACUGUACCAUAAAAAUCGUAAUAUUAUCAGAUGAAUGCCAUAUUAAUCUUGAAACUAUAGGAAUGAUCUAUAAUCAAAAAUAUGGGAUGUCUUGCACUCCAUGCAGUUUUCUGUGCAGUCUUAAAAUCUAAAAAUUGCGAUUCUAUAUAAAACUUUAUGGUAUCACAACCUUCAGUUUCAACGUCACAAUCAAAGGUAAACAUUUCUAUAGUCUUUCUACCCAUUUUUAUGGUUUGUACAAAAAUCUACAGAUCAAUAAAAUUUAUAUUUAUAUGCUUGAAUAUAUACUGCAACCGAUGUAAUGCAAUGAAGUGAUUGAUUGAUUAAUAAUGCAUUUUUAUAUUACUGUGCUAGUUUAGUGUGUAAAAAACAAAUAGAGUUGCCAAGCAACCAAGCUCCUUUUAUAAAUCUGUAAGGUUUUGUAUGGAAUGGCGGCCAUUUUUGGCGCUUAACACGGGGAGUUCCAUAAGAGUAGGACAAUCGGUUAUUUCGUGUGCCAAAACUGUCAAUCCAUAUAAAAUUAUCGGUACACUAUUUCGUCUUUUGAUUGCGUAUUUUCAGACCAAACGCAUUAUUACGCUUUAAGUAGUUUAUGUUCCACAUAGUAUUAAAAUUUAGUUUAACCACAGACAGACAUAAAGAGAAAAGAGACGACAUAUGCCUUUUUAAUGUCCGUGAAUAGAUCCUAAAGCUAGGGUAUUACUGUAACAUUCCAGCAAUAAAGAACUAAGUACGGAAAAUUGGCAACACUGCCUCCUGUCGAUUGGUCUACCUUCAUACGCUCUUUUGACGGCGCGAUCCUCUCUUAUCCCCUCCACGUGGCCCAGCUAUGUAAACCUAACAUCUUACAAAAUAUAAUACAAAUUUUCAUUAAGGUAUUAUAAAACACAAAACACUGUGGCAGGAGACCCGCCUUAACAGUUUAGCUUUUGUACCGCCAAUUUUGCUAACCUUAAUUUUGCUAAGCCGACCUCAAGUCAUCCACCCUUAGAUUUUUAAAACUGUCAUUUUGCUUUCAUUUCCAAAUGACAGAAUGGAUUAACAUGAUAUUUUGCCAUUUAAAGAGCAACCGCAUAUUAUUAUUGGAUUCUUUAUAUAUAGUAGACAUACUUAAUAAGAUUAUGAUUACUUAACCAUGUUUUAUCUUGACUUUGGCAAAAUUUUAUCAAAAUCCAAUAUAACAAAAGAAAAAUUAACAAAUAAAAGUUAAUUUUAUUACAUUUUUUACGCCAGUGUAUUUCUAAGGAUUUUUUAAAUGGAAAUGAGAAACAUGUUUAAUUUUCUCUAGUCAUUAGCAAACUAUGUACUAAGUAUUAGUUAAAUUAUGUACUAAGACCUAUAUUGUUUAAUAUAGUUGUCAAGCUUGUACACAUUUGUAUAACAAACUUGUAUAUAAACUUUAUUGUCUACUAAUAUUUUAUCGAUAAGCUUUCUUGGAUUUAAAAUCCAAUAUUAAACCAUUAUAAUGGUGUUUAUAGGGUGUGUUUCGACGAAGGCGGUGUCUUUGAAUUAACCAGUCACAACACUCCACUAUUUUUUAAAGUUUUAGGUUAAACUUUUUCAUGUCUUAUACCGUUUUUCUUUUUUUUUUCAUCAAAUAGUUUUGUUUGCUCCAGUGUUGACACUAAAGGCAAAUUAUAUUUUUCUUAACUACCGCGGUUUCUGGCGGCUUAGGUCUCAUAAAGGCAGUUCGCCUUUAAUGAUAAGGCAUGGCUAUAAAUACCUAUAUCCUGAUAAUUAAUGCUGAUAGUUAUAUUACUAUAAGCAUAGGGGCAAAUAAACUAUUUGAUGAAAUACUCUACGGGAACACAUCCUUACAAAAUCAGUAUAAACUGUAAAAAGAUUUUUCGCAUGCUUAAAGGACAGGCAAUGAAAUAAAAGACAUUUUUGUUAUUAAUUUACAUUUAUUUUGAUAUUCAUUUACAAACAGUCACUAUGUUACCAAGUGUACAUACAUAUUUGUACAAUUCUACAUUUAAAUACGGCAAAAUAAUUGUUAAUACUUCAUUAAUUUAUAUAACUUAUAUGACGGCAUUUUAUGCGAACUCCGUAAGACUAGCGGUCCAAAUUAAUAAAAUAUAUAUAGAUGGAAAAAUGAGAAUGUUUAAGCAAAAAAGACACCAAAAAGUGGUGUGCAAAUUAAAAUGUUAUUUACAUUACGUCAAUGAAAAUAUCAAUCCUAUUAACAUUAAGGCCACUCGGCAAAUCUGGCAUUUUAAAAAGAUCAAAAUAUAUAAGAGAUAUCGAACCUUGAAUUUGUAAGAGGAAAUCUAAAUAAGAGGAAUUCAAUAUGAUCAUUUUUAAAAGGCAUGAGAAGGCUAUACUUAUAAUUUAUUGAAGCACCAAAAACGCGUGCGUUAAGGCGACAUGGGCACAUCCCAUCUCAUAAUGGCACUUAGUCGAGUUUUCAACUGUAUAUCUUAAAAAUAACUUACAAAUUAUUCGUAUAAAAAGCUUUGAAAAUCGCGUUAUGAAUACACUUUUCACUAAUUGCAUCGGAGCCUAGACUUCUGAUCUACUUGAAAUGGAAGCAUUUAUGUCCAGUAUACAAUUAAUUAUAUUUGGCAUGUACAGAAACGCUAAUAUAAAUUAUUGGAAGCACUAAGUUAUAAUGCGAGUAAUUUCCGUGAUCUAAAUGUGUGUCUCGCAUAAUUUUAAUGUGUUAAC